AGUACAGAGCGAGUAAUUGUUCAAAGGGAAAUAAGUGUGUAUCCAAGAGAGCUGGUGUUGUGGACUUGGGAAUGCCGAAUGUCCAAGAGAGCUGGUGUUGUGCUGUGUAGUUGUGGACUUGGGAAUGCCGAAUGUCCAAGAGAGCUGGUGUUGUGCUGUGUAGUUGUGGACUUGGGAAUGCGGAAUUCCCUGCUCGUGUCGCACAGUACAGAGCGUGGCCUUUGCCGUCACAGUGCCGGGUUUUCUCCUGAUCCGCCUGGACAGCCUUUCUGCAGGUUGCUGCGCUGCGCCCAUGAGGAGUCAUGGCAGAGCUGGACAUUGAUCAGUCAAACCUUCCCAGCGUUCAGGAGGUGUGCCAGUGUUUCGCAGUGCUAGAGGACGGAGCAUUAGCCCAUAAUUUGCAGGAGCAGGAAAUUGAGCAGUACUACAGCUCAAAUGUGCAGAGAAAUCAGCUGGUUCAGAAUGACCUUCGGGUGGCCAAGAUGUUGCAGGACGAAGAGCAGCAAAGAUCUUACAGGCGCCAUCGCCAGGCUGACCAGCAACUAGAAGAGCAGGACUCUGAGUAUGCCCGUAGGAUACAGGACGACAUCCAGCGAUGUGCAGAAGAAACUCGCAGGAGAGAUGAUGAUGAUGAGGAAAUGGCUAAACAAAUCCAGGAAGAGGAAGAGCUUCAUGACAGACAGUUGAAUGAGUCCCACACGGCAUAUGGCCAAGGGCAUGGGUUGCAGAAAGCCAGAGCCUCACUGGACUUGGGUGAGCUGAAGCAGGUUCUGAUGGAUGAGGAGCUGGCCCGCAGGCUACAAGCAGAAGAGGAAGAAUUGAUCAGAAGGCAUCCUCCAUCAGUCUCUCCUUCCCAGAUCCGUUACCCAGAAGGAGAUUUCGAAGUUGCGCAGGUCGCUCAGGAUGAGGAACUCGCACACUAUAUGCAGAAGCAAGAGAUGCAGGCUAACCGAGAGUCUCGAGACCUGGACGGUGGCAGGUGGCAAGAGGGAAGCAUGACUGAUGUGUAUGAUGAGGGAGUUGAUUUUGAAAGACAGAGAGAGAGGCUGGACUCAGAGGGUCUUAGGAUGCCAACGGAGGCUUGCUCCCCAGAAUUCCAUCCCCCUAGCCCCAUCGCCAUGGCAACGCACCAGUUGCAAUUCAGGAAUGUUGCUGAGGACCUGGAUCCAACCUUCCAAAGGAAUGAGCAUGUGCAAACAGUCCAGAAUAUGCCUGGACCCUGCCCACUACAAACCCAACCUGCAUUUGUACCACCAACCAAGAGGCACAGUGACAAGCCGGGACGUGUGAAGGCCAGUGGGAAAAAGGAGACCUGUAAGCAGCAGUGAUGCUGGCCUAGUCGACGUCCACUUGCUGCCUUACCUGUAUUAAUGCAGAACAUGGAAACACAAUACACUUAUAAUCCCUAACAGCAUAUAUGACACGGGAAUAUGCCAGAGGUCUAAGGGGUUUUCUAGGAAUUGGUUCUGUUUUCUCUGGUAGGUGUAGGGUCAGUGAGUUUGCAAGUGAAUGUUGCAAUCUGCUGUCUAUUGGUGAGCAGGUCCCUGUAGUAUAAUGGGGAUGAUUCACCAGAACACAAGCUAUUUCAGUUUAAUUUUCAGGAUAAUUGUCAUCCAGUGUACUUGGUUUUGCAUUAGUCAUGUUUUGUUUUUCAAUGUCAAGUUCCACAUUGUGCAUCUGGUGCUGACGUUGGGUUGGUGGGGAGUGAGGGGUACCAAUGGCACUGAGCCAACUAGUUCUGUUUGGGAUCAUGUUCUCGUUUUGAGAAAAAAAAAAAAGAAAAAAAAAAGAGGAGUUGUGGUUAUCACAUCCGGGCACAACAAAAUUGUGCUGUUGUGCCCUUGUGUAAUUAAAAGGAAUUUUCUUGGACCAGUUUUAUGAGGUUCUCUGUGCGAUUAUGUACAUGAUUUAAGCAACUUUUUUCAUUGGCAUGUUUGUUUUGUCCUCUAUAUCUCUGUACAUUCUUUAGACAGUGAAAUAUACAGCUCAUAUUUCACACUUUUUUUCAUGCUUGACCAUAAACAUAACAAACUGUGCCAUCAUUGGUGCUAAAUUUGCUAUUAAAAUUUUCCUCUUUCCUUCUGCUCCUGCUUCCUAACAACUGUAGAACAUUCUAAUGGAAAACUCUCUUCCGAAAUAAUUCUCAGUUCCUGAUCUGUUCCAGCUUUACAACUCAUCACCUACAGUACUGGGAGGACUUGCCUAUGUUUUGCUUUAAAGUGGGAAAAACCGUGGCUAUGGUUAAUGUGCUUUGAAUUCAUGUACAUAAAGUAUAUUUCUUAUGCCUUACCACGGUCACAAAUAUUGUCCACAGCUGUUAGAACUGUUAGAAAUGGAGGCUUUCUUAUUUACUGGUAAUGAACGUGGUUUCUAGAGAGGGAAGGGGAAUGCUGUUUGCCUGCUUUCAUGUCCUCUUUUUCUAAAGAAUAUACAGCAUCUUCAGAUCUCCUGGGAUCCUCUGGGGUCUGCUAAAUGAUGUGGCAAGCACUUGGAUAUUUUGGACAGAAAAUAAGAUUCUGUUUAUCACAAAGAAAACAUGAGAUGACUGCGGAUGUUUAAGGAAUAAAAAUCUGUUAAACAGGUGUGAAUUUAUUAGCAAAAAAUAGUUUUAAUACACUGUUGUUUUUUUUAUUUGACCAAGAAUGAAUAUUGCACAAUUGUUAGAUCAUCUCUAAAAGCAUAUAAACAUACUGUAUUAAAAAAAUAUGUAUACAUAUAUAACUUUGGGUCAACUUGUGACUGCAACUACACAUGGAAUGAAGUGUUAACAUGAAUCAUACAAAAGAAUGUGAGACACAGUGACUAAACAUUUUUUUAAAGCAAUUAACCCCCAAGGCACAGAAGAUAAAGUACUAAAAUUGCCAUUUAAUGGCAUAUGAGUCACAACUGUCCUUUAAAACUUGUUUAUAGUUCUGUGACUUUACAGUUGGGUAUUUGUAAACUCCCUCUGAGUCAUCGGAAAUACUAAAUAUUACAAAACUGCUGCGUUUCAUAUUGUAUGGGUGACACGUGCUACUAGUCCCAUAGUAGCAUUGUUUGCUAAGGAUUGGGUAACCCUGACUUCAUAACAUGAAACAAGGUCAACGUUGAACAUAUCUGGCUUAAGAGCCCCUUUCAUCUCUCAUCUCCAUGUGGAAGUCCCUUCUGGGGAAAUCCUAUACAAAAACAUGGACAUUCUUAACAUUUCCCUCUCUUGUUACAGGAAUUUUAAACUUCCUUUUAUGCUGAACAUAAAUACCCCACACUAAUGCAGCCUAAUGUUUUAGUCAUGUCCUGCAUUUGUGCAGUAUGAAUCUUGUAUUCAAGAGUUAUUUGUGGUAAAGAUUCCACAUUGGUGUUCAGUGAGGUAUUGCGUUUCAUAAAAAGUACUUGGAGUCACCAUCCCAGAAACAGAAGUGAUUGAGUGUUUUUGCAAAUGAAGUACCAGGAAUUUUUCUAUUUUACAAAUGAACUUUAAAGUUUGGUCAUCCUCCCUCUGAGCCAGUUCAAGUGAACCAAACAAGACGUUUUAAAGCAGGAAACCGGGGGAAGCCCACCGGGGUAUUUCAGACAGCAUGUGGCCUGUAAGUGUGACGCAGUAGACCUUAACACCUACUUUGAUACAAAGUGUUGGCAAUCGGCCGCUGAUAUUUUGCACUCCUACCUGGUGAAGAAGUACUGGUGUUUCUGCAUGGUCAAGCAGAUGUUUGCCGUACACUUUCACGUUCUGUAACAUAUUCAAAGCGCUGAUUCAAAUGUUCCAUGUAAACAAUGCAAGUACUAGCAGAAAGGUUGUCACUUUCUAACAAAUUUAAUCCCACUUUUUGGAAGACUAAAAUAAA